GUAUUUCGGAACACUUCUCUAUAUUACGUAACAUUUCGGCGCGAAUUAUUUGCGCCGAAUGAUUAGACACAUCUGCGCUAUUAUAAAGUGUAGACGCGCUUUCGGCAAACUAUGCGCACGAUUUUACGACUGGCGCUAUCACUGGCGGCACGUUAACGCUGCGAUAACUUCUUCGACCCUUUGUCACUUAUUUCUCCGAUUUCCUCUCGCGCUUGCGCUAUAUCAGCGUUUGUAUCGAAAGGCUGCUUUUCCGUCGAAUGACUUGUUAAAACUGUUCAAUCCGUCGCGCACAACGGCAGUGGACGGCGUUGUAGCAUCGCUGAAGACAAUAGCAAGAAGACAAGCGACUCAUUUCGAAUCGGAUCGCGCGUGUUUUGGGACUCUGAAUACACAACGAUGUAUGCUCAAAGAGCCCCGCAAACGUCGGACGAAAUUGAAAAGAAGAUACGCGACAAUAUACCCCCAGACACGAAUUUUCACAGUUGCGCGACGCGCGUGCUCGAAUAUUCUCUAAAUCACACUAAAUACUUAACGAUAUACGAUGGCAGACGUGACGGGAAAAUCGCCAAAACUUAUCCAUGGAGGGAACUACAUCAGAGAAGGCUGGGACUCGGCCAAAAGUACCUGCCUGAUCUUUUGCCCCAAGGAAGAAGACGAGAUUGGUUCACUGGGACGAUAUCUCCAAAUGUUCGCUAAACACAAGGUGAAUCUCUUGUACAUCGAGUCCAGAAGUUCCCUCCGUCAACCGAACGGCUAUGAAUUUAUGGUGGAAUGCGCGCCGGGCAGUAAUAUCUCCUCCGCGAUUGAAUCUCUGCGAAACCAGUGCAGCUAUUUUUCAAUCAUUUCUAGGAAUCACAGGGACAAUCUGGACACUGUGCCGUGGUUCCCGCGGAGAAUACGCGAUCUCGACAAGUUCGCUAAUCAAAUCUUGUCGUACGGCGCAGAGCUCGACAGCGAUCAUCCCGGCUUCACCGAUCCCGUCUACAGAAAGAGGAGGAAAUAUUUCGCCGACAUCGCUUACCAUUACAAACAUGGGCAACCCAUUCCGAAGGUAGAAUACACGGCGGAGGAGACAGCGACGUGGGGUGAGGUCUUCAGGCAUUUGACGAAACUCUAUCCAAAGUACGCUUGCAGAGAGCACAAUCAUGUUUUCCCGUUGCUCAUCGAGAACUGCGGUUACCGUGAGAACAACAUACCUCAGCUCCAGGAUAUAUCGAAUUUUUUGAAAGACUCCACCGGCUUCACUCUGCGUCCUGUGGCAGGACUGCUGUCCUCGCGCGAUUUUCUCGCCGGUUUGGCCUUCAGGGUGUUUCACAGCACGCAGUACAUACGACACAGCAGCAAGCCGUUCUACACGCCAGAACCGGACGUGUGCCACGAGGUCUUGGGCCACGUACCUCUUUUCGCCGAUCCGGCCUUUGCGCAGUUCUCGCAGGUCGUCGGUUUGGCAUCCCUAGGUGCUCCGGAUGACUACAUAGAGAAACUCGCUACGUGCUUUUGGUUCACGGUGGAGUAUGGGCUAUGCUUGCAAAAUGGGGAAUUGAAGGCGUACGGCGCCGGGUUGCUUUCGUCUUACGGCGAGUUGGAAUAUUGCUUGAGCGACAAGCCGGAAUUGCGACCGUUUGAUCCGCCAAAAACAGCAAUGCAGAAAUAUCCAAUAACCGAAUAUCAACCCGUGUACUUUGUGGCGGAAAAUUUUGAAGAUGCCAAGGAAAGGAUGAUCAAAUUUGCCCAAACUAUACCGAGGAAAUUUGGCGUCAGAUAUGAUCCUUACACGCAAAGUAUCAACAUUAUCGACAGUAAACAACAAGUGGAAACUCUUGCAAACAACUUGAACCAAGAAGUGCAAAUCUUGGUAGACUCUUUGAGGAAGCUGCAGCAUUAAGAUUCACCUGAGCAAAAAGAAUAUGCGUCAUACUUAAUCUAUAUCAUGAUAAUAUUAUGAUGACAGAUAAACAAUCGAUAUGUCUACAAUGCUUGUGAUAAAUAUUCUGAAAUGCUUUGUGAUGAUACAACGUAACCAUCAGUUAGUUUUAAUCAGAUAUGUCUAUAAUGCUUGUGAUAAGUACUCUGAAACGCUUUGUGAUGAUACAACGUAACCAUCAGUUAAUUUUAAUCAAAGUGACAUGCAAACAAAGAGUGUUGUGAAAACUAUACAUUUAUAUAAAUUUUCUCGUGAAACACUUGAGAAUUUUUCUCACAAUUUUCUCACUCAAUUUCAGCCAAUUCCGCUAUUUUCAAUUAAAAUAUCUUCAAUUUAAGUAAUCAAUUAACUAUUAACCGUAAUUGAUCAAGUUUGGUCAAUUUUGCUCAACAUGACAAAAUUGCUUGAUUGAGGGACAAAGGAGAUUAUUGCGUUCAACUCUAGUGGAAUAAUCGACCGAUUAAAUCAAUCGAAAAUGGUGAUGGAAAUUUUAGCUCCGAGAUCAACGAUUAUAAGGAAAUAAUAAAUAUUACAAUGGUCCAACAUGUAUCCGUGUAAU